AUGGUCGAAACACUCUUUGAAGAUAUCAUUCGGGUCGACGCACUAGACCCAGAUGGCAAAAAGUUUGAUAAGGUGUCCCGCAUUUCUGCUAGGAGUGAGCAGUUUGAUAUGCUUGUGAACCUUGAUGUCAAUACCGAGAUCUAUCCCAUGCAUGUUGGAGAGAAGUUCAUGAUGGUAGUAGCAUCCACUUUGAACUUGGAUGGAACACCAGACAGUGGUUAUUAUGCACCGGGAAACAUGAAAUCACUUGCGGACAAGUUUGACUAUGUCAUGCAAGGGAAACUGUACAGAAUCUCAGAGUAG